AUGAGUGAAGGUGAUGUUCAGCCUUCAAAAAAUCGUGAAAACCAAUUCUUUGACAUUGGAGUUGUGGGAAGAAAAACGGGAUUCACGGUUCCUGAGAAUAUUCAAAGAGGAGAACAUGGUUUCGAGGAUAUGAAUGCAUACUUUCUAUCCGAUGGAUCCAUGGAACUAGAUGCACAAGAUGAGAAUGUUCAAGCAUCCCAAAAGAUUGUUAUGACAAAUUCUUCCCACCCGGAGACUGCGCAAGAGAUGGUUCAAGAUCCACCGUCAUCUCCCUUGUUGAUGAAUCGUCAAGCUUACCGGGCUAGUAGAGGCUCGACAAAUUCAUUGCUUCCCGAGAAUGACGAUGGAUUUGAUACAGCAGAAAGAUCUUUUGCAAAUUCUUCCAAAAGAAUCAACAGAAAAAUUGACUUCUCACACAUUCAAAACUCAGUCACGAAAGCAACUGUGUCAGCCGUUCCGAAACAACAUGCUUCUGUCGCAAAGAAUCGUUCUUUGGAACUUCAUUAUUCGUCCGAUGAAAGAAACAUAGUUGACGCGACUGAAACUGCUGCCCCACAAACAUCGCCUCCUCCAAAUCCAUCCAUUCUUUCCCCUUUAAUCCAGGAGCUUUCCCAGCGUAAAACUCAAUUUCGACGAACAAACACUCCUCAACUGGAACCACUCCCAAAAAAUAAUGUGCCUAGGCAAAUAGUUUCUCCGUCGCUAGCUAAUUUACCAGCAGCUCCAAAAUCAUCAAGCAGCCUUGAGCUUGACAAUUCUCCUCCGAUAAAUUAUGUUCCACUGAAAAAGCCUACCCCGGUUAAGCCUAGAAGAGCAAGUCCAGAACAGGUUCCGCAGGCUAUAAAGCGCUCGUUACUGUCUGAAAAACUUGCGCCUAUAAAUAACCGUCUUUCAACUUCACCUUCCGUACAAGAAUCCUCACCAGAACCCGAAUCGACAAGACCACUUAAAGAAUUGCUGAGACAUACUCGCGCUAAAAAGCAACAAACUGCAAGACGAACAAAAUCGAGAAAAAAAUCAAGCCCGCCGCCAGCUGUGACAGAAACGAAUGUCGGCGACAGCAGUGUUACUGCCUUAGACUUACAGACAGAAGCUUCACCAAUCCCUAAACCUCCAGGCAAACGGCGAAAGAGAGCCACUCAUUCUAAGAAGACGGUCUCAGUAGCAGCAGAAAAGGAAAGUACACCCCCUCCGAAAACAAUAGAAAGUCCGCCAAAUGGGCUUCGCCGUUCGAGGCGGACACGCAUGGCACCGUUAGCCUUUUGGCGAAACGAGCGUGUUGUUUAUGAAUUACAUAAAAGCCAAGAUCAAAAGCUUGCUCUGCCCGAGGUGAAACAAAUUAUACGCGUAGACGAAGAACCUAGACCCUCACUAUCACAAAGCAAGAAAUCUCGAAAGAAAACUAUUCGAAAAAGUACAAAAGCACCCGGAAAAAAACGUUCUCGAUCUGCAUCACAGACGCCUGAAUAUGAAGCAGCCGAUAAGGGCAUGGAAGAGGAGAACUGGGGCAGCGAAACAGAAGUAACCUGUCCUGUUUUUAAAUGGAAUUCCGAAGAUCCAGAAGAGACAGAAGAAAGAGUUGUCGGUUAUCCCAUGUCUUCUAUUUCACUCAACGAAAUUCCUAAUCAACCGAUGAAGUAUGCUGCGUUUUUAGCGAGCAACCGUCAUUCGCCGCUGGUGUUAUUGAAUUGCCCGCUGGAGGUGUCAAACCUGUGAAGCCUUCUAAACAUAACAUCAUGUCGUUUUGUAUUCUUAAUGGACAUAUUGAAGUAAUGCUCAACGAUACUACAUUCCGUUUAGGAAAAGGAGGAAUCUUCAUUGUUCCGAGAGGAAAUUAUUAUAGUCUUAAGAAUGUUGGAAGAACCACGGCAAGGCUGUAUUACACUCACGCUUCAGACACACUUGCUGAUUACCAACGGCUUUCUGCUCGGACUGAAAAGAAAAUGAAUGGUUAA